UGUUGGAUUGUUCUCUCUUUUUAUUUCUCCGUAGCUUAGGAUUUGAUUUACGGCUAUUUGUUUUGUGAAGUGUUUCUGUAGCUUUCAGAUACAAAGGGAAGGAACCCGAGGCUUGUGUUUGUUUGCAAAAGUGUUGUUAAGUGAUUAAUUCUGUCGUCUGCUAGCUGGAUCUACGAAUUGUACGGAUUUACGGACUUACCAGAUAGACUGAAUUAAAGGUUUAUGUGUGCUAUGUCUUAGAUUCAUCAGGCUACAUCAAGAUACUGGAUUGGAAAUAUUUCUUUGUUUAUUUCAAAUAGAAAUUCUGCUCAAAACACUGUGUACGUUUUUUGAAUACGAAUUCUUAUGCCUGGGGAAACUAAAUGCAGGAUUAGCUUCUUGGAGUUUUAAUGUUUGGUCAUUGUGUUCAGUACAGCGUGCUAUCAAUAAUUUGUAAAAGAAACAAAUUCUAACGAUUCUGUGCGGAUAACUUAAUGAUAAGGAUUGCGUUUUAGAAAUUAGUGCUAAGGAAUAUUUAAUAGAAUUAAUAGAUCUGGGAUAAGGAUUAUGUGAAAAAGAUUUCAUACUUAUUACAUCCACGAAGGAUAACUAAUAUUAACUAUAUGCUAAAACUCAUGCCGAGGAUAAUGUAUUAAAAGACUCCAUGUCAAAAGACUUGUGGUAAGGAUAAGAAAAUAUUUAAAAAUGAACAUCAAACUACAAUACCUGAUACUGUGGAUGAGUCUGUUUGUUGGGAAGACCGCUCACGGCAAGUCUAUGUGGGAGACAGUCAAGACCAUUGCAUCGCUUCGAUUCAUGGCGCGUGUGUUGGAGUCACGUGGUCUGACGAAACUGUUUAAUGCUGAAAACAUCACCGUGUUUCUGCCAAUCAGCGAAGGGUUCUUCACCUUUGACGCCGCAUACUUCGGGAUCGGAUCUAACGACGUUCAAAAAUGGAAUGAACUCUUUGAAUACGGCUCACAGCCUGGAAGGACCACCAUCUCGAUGCUGCCCACCAAGGGAAAGAUUACGUCACGCUUUAACCAGUUGCCCCUCUACGUCAAUCGUUUCUCCACCCCCGACGGACUGAUCAUAACUAUAAACGGAGCCACCAUACUGCAGGCUGACAUUAUUACUGACAAUGGCGUCAUCCACAUUGUGGACCGGAUGAUCGCCCCUGUUGGGAGCGGCAUGACUAUCGCCGAAUACUUGGAGAGCCCACAGAUCAAAGACAUGUCUUUCAGUGCAAUCAUAAUGGCCGCCAUCAUUGUACCAACCUUGACCCAGAAAACCAACAGCAGCAAGUCGACAUACACGUCAUUCUCUCCCAACGACUCGUACCUGUACCCCAUGCCCGAGUACGGCAAGGAACCAUUGUUUAACAACUAUACCAUCUUAAGGGAGGUCUAUCAAGCUCAUUUGAUCGAAGACGAGGCUCUAUUUCUUCCGGCGGGAAUCAGUGCUAUUCCCGACAGGAUGGCUCUACACGGGAAAAUACAAUUUUACGUCAGGGACGGGAAAAUGUAUGUGACUAAUGGCCGGUCUCAUGCCAGGAUCAUUCAGCCCAACAUCCCGACUGUCAACGGGGUCAUUCACGUGAUUGACAACCUGCUGCACUAUGUCUACCAUGACGCCUUGCAGAUAGCAGACAACAUGCAGGAGACGAAGGUAUUUUCGCAACUCAUGAAUGGAAUGAAUGGCCCCCAGAAGAAAAAACUGACUGAAGGACAAAUAACCGUCUUUAUCCCCACAGACUGGGCCUUCAGCAAGGUGCCACUGUACUGGCAGGCGGAGUUGUUGCGGAGACAGCACAUGGUGGACAAAUACCCCUUAACUCAGUUGGUGUACGGUCACGUGAUUUUCACAGGGGCAAUAGACUCCUCCCAGUUCUACGAUGGGAAAAAACUUACCAUGGGAAACAGUCAGUCUUUAACAUUGAUGGCCAAACAGGGAGAGUACUAUCUGGAAACAAAUGACAAGAAAAUGUCGGUCAAGAUCGAGGUCAAGGACAUCGGAGUGACCAAUGGGGUCGUUCAUCUGGUCAGCAAUGUUCUUUUUGCUGACGGCUACACAAUUUGGAAUGCAGUGUCGGACAUACCUCAGUUGAAACGUUUUUAUGACGUAGUAAACCGACACUUCCCCAAGUUGAAGGACACGUUGAACAUGGCCGCCGAGAAGCCGUCCGCCUCCAUGACAGUCUUCCUGCCCAGUAACGAAGUGUUUGACCGGGCGGCGGAUUUUGUCAACAGCAGGCUGCUUCUGGAACCCCAAGUGUUGGACAAGGCACUUCAAGGUCACGUCAUCACUGGCAGGUUUCCGUCCAGCAGGAUUGAGGGGGAGAAGGUCCACCUGACCUUUUCUGGAGAUGUCUUGAAAAUCUCAAGAAAAGAUAAAUAUUCAAGCAUCAAGGUUAUCGGCGGUCACGUGACCAGCGAGAUCGAGGUCAGGGAUAUCUUCUGCUCCAAUGGCGUCAUUCACAUCAUCGACGACCUCCUGCACACGCCAACGCGGACCAUCGGCAGGGAGAUCAAACUCCGUGAAGAUCUGGGUUACAUGCAAACGUUAUUUGAGAAAGUGGCCGAUACGUUGUACAACCUGAACUCAAAGAACGAUAAGUACACUGUCUUUGUGCCAAACAACGACGCCUUCAGUUCUCUCCCCUGGGAUACAAUAAAUAAACUGCUGUAUUGGGAGAACUGGACCAAAUCGGUGUUGAGAGCCCAUGUUAUAAAGAAUGAGAACCGGACAUUGGAAGAGAUCCCGUCAGGGGCGGCACUGACGGCUGGCUACAACGUGGUCUAUGUGUUAAAGAGAGAUGGUCAAGUGUACGUAGUCAAUAACAACAUGAUGGCCCAUGUAGUGCUCGCCAAUAUACCAGCGGUCAACGGCUGGAUACAUAUAGUGGACAAGAUACUGACAGUGCCUUAUGUGAACGUGGCUGACGUCUUGGGUUCCCGAGAGGAGUUCAGUUUAUUUCAUCAGUUAAUGAGUCCACUCCUGGAGUACAAACAACUGAUCAGCGCGCCACUCAGGAACGUGACUUUAUUUGUACCAUCAUCUCGUUACCUACGGACACUGACCCCUCAGCAGAUGACCAGGAUCAAAUCCAACCCGGACACUUUGAAAAAGAUAUUCUAUGGACACGUCCUUCCAAAUGUGCGUCUUGAUGACGUUUUCCUCAGACAGUAUCCAGAAGACGACUACUGCUCUAGAAGUUCUUACAACGUCACAUUCAACAUCAGCAGAACUAAAGAUGGAACCACCGUGGAUGCUGGCUAUGAUGAAUCCAUGCCUCUGGACCUGCAGGGCCGCGCCUACGGCUGCUCUGACGGCGUCAUCUACAGUAUUGACGGCAUCCUCAACUACUCCCCGUUCACCAUGCUGGAGAGACUCAGGAGGGAUCCCAAACUGAGUGCAUCUUUUGAAUUGAUGACGACACUUGCACCUGCUGCAGACAUUGAACUGCUCAACAGGCCUGAUCUGUCCUUCACCUUUCUCAUGCCAGACAACACAGCACUGUAUCACAUGAGUAUGAAGGCAAAAAGGAAAUUUCAAAGUCUUCCAGACGACGAGAAAAGAAAAAUAUUUUGGCGUCACGUGAUCAAUGGCUCCGUCCUGUACUCAGAAGACUUCAGGUCGGACAAAUUCAACAAAGAAAUAUUUCCACCUAAUGUCACAAUGACCAAGUCCAAUGAUGUUUAUUUUAUGCACUACAAGUCCAUCAAGAGCGAGGUCAAACAUUGGAACCUUUUGGCCUGUAACGGGGUCAUCCAUGUCCUUAUGCAAUUUCUGUACGAUGCCAACGGCUCUGGCGAGGCCACCACGCCCAACACUGUCAUUCAAGUCAACCCGGUGACUGGCCUGGUGGGCAAGUUGGAAGGGGGCACAACCAGGAGCAGUAACUCUUCCAUUGUUUCAACGUUCCUCUUUUUAGCAUUGGCCAUUUUAAUGAGGUAUAGAUGAUCCAAGAGAGGAAAGCUAGAAGAUACAUUCAUGGAUGUUUGGCUAAUUAUGGCUGAGAUUGGCUGUGAUGGGACAUAUGGUUUAACCGGCUAUGAUGGGAUAAACGGUUUAACUGCUUGUGAUGGGACAUAAGGUUUAACUGCCUGUGAUAGGACUUAAGGUUUAACUUGCUCUGAUGGACAUAAGGCUUAACUGGCUGCAAUUGAUUUAUGAUAAGGAGAACUGACUUAGCUAUAGCAUGAGUGUGGCUUGAAUGAAUUGGAAACAUUUCACAAGCCAAAGACAAUGCAUUCAAUGAAUAUUUGAAAAAAAAAAUGAAAUCAAGUUGAUGGAUUUGCAAAAUUACAUGAGUGAAUGCAGACAAAUUAGUUGAAUAUCAAUUUUGAUUUCUUUAAAUGUUUUAAAAUGUCUAAUGUUUUUCUAUUCUUAACUGUAUGAUUAUCAAUAAGAAAAUUCUUGGAUUUUUAUUUAUUUUUUAUAUUUGGAAGUAUGACAUUAUGUCCAUCAUCAUGUAAAUGUUAUGUCCAUCAUCAUGUAAAUGUCGAAUGUGUAUAUUCUAAUGAAAUCUAAUUUAAUAUACAUUUAAUUUACAUUUCUUUCUUUCUUAACUUCAAAUCUCCAUCAUAUAGGAAAGUGUCAUUGUUACCAGGUCAUAUUUUUUUUUUUUGUUGAGUAUUUCAUUAAAAACUAGGUCAUCAGUUUUUGCUGGAAAUAAAAUUAUCUUUGUUCUGUGUAAAACAUUGGAUCAAAUUUUUGUUUGUAUGUGGAAGUAUACUGAUUCCUUUUCUAAUUUUUAGAUUUACAUUUUUGAACUUGUAAUGAUAUCAAUUUUUUAGUGCUAAUUGAUGUGACAGUUUGAUUUUACAAUAAUCAAUCACUACAUUUUUGACAGCCGUAAAAAU